AGCCCACUCCUUAAGAUCACCAUAGCAAUGGUGUACAUGGUAGUUUGCAUCGUUGGUCUCCUCGGCAAUAGUUUGGUGAUGUACGUGAUCAUAAGGUACACCAAGAUGAACACGGCCACCUACAUCUACAUCUUCAACUUGGCCCUGGCUGACUUCCUGGUGCUGACCACUCUGCCCUUCCAAGGUGCGGACGUGCUGCUGGACUCGUGGCCGUUCGACCUGGGCCUGUGCAAGACGGUGAUGGCCAUCGACUACUACAACAUGUUCACCAGCGUCUUCACGCUGACCGUCAUGAGCGUGGACCGCUACAUCGCCGUGUGCCACCCCGUGCGCUCGCUGGCCGUGCGCACCACCUCCAAGGCCAAGGUGGUGAACGUGGGCGUGUGGCUGCUGUCAUCGGCCGUCGGGGUGCCCGUCAUGGUCAUGGGCAACCUGGAGGUGGAGCCCAGUGGUAUCGAGUGCAUGGUGGUUCUCCCGCGUCCUCGUGAGUACUGGGGCCCGGUGUUUGGCGUGUGUGUGUUCCUGUUCUCCUUCCUGAUCCCCGUGGCCAUCAUCAGCGUCUGCUACGGCCUGAUGCUGCGGCGGCUCCACAGCGUGCGUCUACUGUCGGGCUCGCGGGACAAGGAUCGCUACCUGCGCCGCAUCAGCCGCAUGGUGCUGGCCGUGGUGCUGGCCUUCGUGGUGUGCUGGGCCCCUGUGCAGGUGCUGGCCCUGGUGCAGGCGCUGGGUGGUGUGGACCUGGGCGGUAGCGAGACCAGCAUGGUGUCCAUGCACUUCUGCAUCGCGCUGGGCUACGCCAACAGCAGCCUCAACCCGCUGCUCUACGCUUUCCUGGACGAGAACUUCAAGCGCUGCUUCCGGGCGUCCUGCCCGCAUGGACCCGGCGGCGGGAACUGGGUGGACGGACUGGACGGGCCGGACGGGAGGAGGAAGUCAUCCAGGAGGAGCAAGUGGAUGGACGUGCCGGACGAGCCCGAGAACAACGGGGCGGCUCCCCGUCACCACGGGGGGAUGGAGAUGGUGGAGGGACAUUUCAGACAGCAGUGA